GGCGGUGCUGGCCCUCCCCCUGUAACACUCCCGGUGUCUGGCUGUGCUCCGUCCCUGCUCGCAGGGAUGGAGAUGUUAGGCGAGCAGCAGCACGCUCUCAGUCACUGACAGCCAGGGAAGACAGCCAUGAAAAAAAUACUUGGAGCUCAUCGGCAAUGUACCAUGCGAGGAGCGGUGUGGAGAGAGUGAGGUUGUCUCGCGAUGAGCCGCCGACCUCCGGAGCGGAGCGGAGCAGGAGGGGACAUGAGGGCAGCCUGGAUCCUGACUGUGACCACCCUCAUCACGGCGCACACUACCGGGGGAUCGCCGCUGGCCCCGGACCCUGGGGUUUUUCUGGAGAAGUAUGGCUACCUGCAUCAGGACCACCACGUCCACGAUGCAGCUGAGAUGCAUUCGGCCAUCUGCGAGUUCCAGUGGUUGUCCCGGCUUCCUGUCACAGGCAGACUUGACAGCGCCACCCUGAGGCAGAUGGCCGAGCCCCGCUGUGGGGUGUCGGAUGAGGGCAGCCAGGAGAUCUGGGCUCAGAGAGUAAAUGCCAUCUUCACCGGAAAGAGCAGACGACAACAGCACCGCAGGAGACGCUCUGCUGGGCAAGCAGAGAAGUGGUACAAACGUCAUCUGACCUACCAGAUAGUGAACUGGCCUCGCCACCUGCCUCUGGGCUCCGUGCGGCUGGCAGUGUGCGCUGCCUUCCAGCUGUGGAGCAACGUGUCUGGCCUGGUGUUCCAGGAGGCCCCUGAAGGCCCUGCAGACAUCCGGCUGGCAUUUUACGAGGGAGACCACAACGAUGGGGCCAGCAAUGCCUUUGAUGGACCAGGAGGAACUCUGGCUCACGCCUUCCUGCCUCGCCGAGGGGAAGCCCACUUCGACAUGGCGGAGAGGUGGACGCUAAAUGGACACAAGGGACACAACCUUUUCAUGGUGACCGCCCAUGAGAUCGGACACACUCUGGGACUGGAGCACUCCCCGGUCCGUCAUGCCCUGAUGUCGCCAUACUACAGGAAACUCGGCCGCAGCCUGGUGCUGAGCUGGGACGACAUCAUUGCAGUGCAGCAGCUGUACGGUAAGCCAUUAGGUGAUCGCCCCGUAAGGCUGCCAGGCCAGGUUUUGCACGCCACGCUGCAGGAGUGGGAGUUCACAGAGCUUCACAGCGGGCAUCAGAGCACAGGGCAACCUCUGUACUGCCAGGGUGUCUUUGAUGCCAUCACUAUGGACCAGAAUGAGACAGUGCUGGUGUUUCGGGGCAGUGUGUACUGGACAGUAUCGUCUGCUGGUGCUGUGACCGGCCCGCUGCCUCUCCGUCAGCGCUGGUCUGACCUACCUCCAGCCAUCGAGGCUGCUGCCUUUUCCCCGCUGGACUCCAAGUGGUAUUUUUUCAAAGGGAAGCGGAUGUGGCGCUACACUGGCAGCGUGCUGGACCCCGGCUUCCCCAGGAAAAGCAGUGAGUUGGGGCUGCCUCGCCACCCCGACUGCGCCUUCUAUUACGCUCCUCUGGGUCACAUGGUCGUCAUCAAGGGCGCCCGUUACUCUGUGCUUAACCUCAAAACCCUGCACCAGGAGCCCUACUACCCCCGCAGGCUGACAGACUGGACUGGCGUGCCGCAGGGGACCAAUGGGGCUCUGACCCGUCCAAACGGACGCCUUUACCUGUUCAGAGAACAGCAGUUCUGGAGAUUUGACCCGGUCAAGGUGCGAGUCACCAGAGAGGGCCAGUGGGCCAAGGAUCUGAGCUGGACUGGCUGCAGCAAUGCUCCUCAGAGCAACAACAUCCUUUGACCAGCAGAGGGAGCUGUAGGCUUUAGAUAAAGUGCAAUCUGUUGAUGUGUAAUGUAAAGGUGCUGUAACUUCUUCAGCUUAAAGUCACACUGAGUUUUUAUGUUGCAAAACUCAUGCCAUUAAGAGCUUCAGUAAAAAUAAACCCACUUUGUUUAUAAAUUUUGAAGCACAUACAGUAUUUAUACUUCAGGGCAAUGGAUAUUACUGUAUAUAGAUGUACAAGUAUAGCCUCAUUAAUACAGGUAUGAUAAUAAAAGGACUGUGCACUCUUACAUGAGCAGACCAAGAACUGUUCUUUCAGUUGGCACCAAGCUUUUAAAACCUUAAAAUCUUUUCUUUUUUCGCACAGACAUAAAAAUCAAACUGUAUGUUUUCAUCAUCGCUUCUGUAAUGUCAAUAACAUAUGUAAUAUUUGUAUAAAUGACUUUGACCUGUGAUUGUGUA